AUGAGCAUGCUAAAUCGUUUAUCAAGUGUCGUUCAGACGGCUGUGUCUGGUGCAGCGUCUGCUGCUGUCUCAGGGGCGCAGAAUCUUCAUAGUAUGAUGAGUGAAGAGUAUCUUAAGCAUUACGAGACACCAAAGGAUUGCACGGCGUCUGGGGGCCAUGAACUUUCAUGGAAGAUCUUUCCUGCUGUCCAUCGCAAGACAAAUAACGAGUAUAGUGUGUUUCUAUUUGACAAGGAAGAGCUGAAACGGCUUAAAAGUAAAGAAGCACAGGAACGUGUAUUGGAAAUUCUUCGUCAAGAAAUGAAGACGCUUCGAGUGUUGCGACAUCCACACGUACUUAAGGUCGAGGAAGUUUAUGAAGAAAGUCGCCGCUCCCUGUGCUUUGUCACGGAACGUAUUACGUGCUCAUUGGCCAAUGCGUGCAAGAAUUUCACCAACAUUGUUAAUGUCACGCCUGAGGUGCUGGAAAUUGGUCUCACGGAGUUUGAACUUGCCUGUGGCCUCAUGCACGUUGGAGAGGCGCUCAGUUUCUUGCAUCGUGAGGGACGUCGUGUACAUCUUAGUCUAGGACCACACAGUAUCUUUAUCACGCCCAAGGGGGAGUGGAAACUUGGUGGGAUGGGGUUCUGCCGUGUUGUCGAGCCUGGUCAGACCUCCCGCAGUGAAUACUACAGCUUUGAUGCCUCAACAGGAGUAAGAAAUUCAAUUACAGGUGCUAUUGAAGGAAGCUGGGAACCUCCACUUGAGUACUGUGCUCCUGAACUCGUGACGGAACCGCGAAUGUUUGGCAACAAGGCCGACAUGUUCUCGCUCGGUCUGCUAGUGUACGAAUUAUUUGUACCAGCUCGCGCAGAUGGCGGACGUAACCCUGUGAUUGACGUGCAUGAUGGCAACAAGAUGACCCAUGGCUACAAGGUACAGUCUCUCCAUCCGAUCUCGUUCCCGCCAUCAGUACCGACUGCAUUGCAGAACACGAUUCGCUCGUUGCUUUCAAUAGAGCCACCGAAGCGACCAGAGGCCCGUGCAUUUUUAGCAUCACCGUUUUUCGAUUCGGGUCCUAUUAAGAUGCUGCGUACGCUGCAAGGUUUAGUGGAGCUGGAGCCAGCGGCACAGGCAAAGUUCUUGACGACGCUGGCUGAUGCUAUUGAUGGCUUUUCUCCGCGUGUACUUCGUGACAUGGUCAUCCCAGGGCUUCAGUCCGUCGUAAUUAACAAGGCUGUGGCUCCGUUCGUAAUCACGCCAUUGCUUAAGAUUGUGGCCAAGGUGGACAAGCAAACAUUUUCGCACUCUAUCGCUCCUAUGAUGGUUCCGCUGCUGGCGAUUACGGAUCCGGUACAAUGCAUGUUAAUGUUCGUAUCGGAGUUGGAGACGCUCAUCCCAAAGGCAGAGGAUGGCUACAUACGCGACCACAUUGUGCCAAUGCUCUGCCGCGCACUUGAUAGCACAGUGCCUGACAUUCUGGACACGGUGCUGAACAAAAUUGUGGACCAGGCUAGUUUGUUCGAAUACCGCAUCUUGAAGCAGGUGAUUUUGCCGCGUGUGAACAAGCUCAUUCUGACUCCACCGCAGCCAUCUGUGCGAAUAAAUGCAUUGGUCUGGCUGGCCAAGUCUUUCCACGUGUUUGACAAAGACCUGUUGAUUGAGAGCGUACUGCCUACUCUCCAGAAGACGCUUCAAGAAGACAAGACACCUGCUGCGUGUAUGUGCAUUCUUGGGUGCUACGACAACCUCGGUAAACAUUUAGGUCCCGAGUUUGCUGCAAAACUUAUUAUUCCUGCGGUGGCCCCGUUGUUGUGGGAGCAAACUUUGAACAACUCGCAGUUUGAUAUGGUGUGCGAGAAGAUUCAAGACAUGCUUAAGGCUGUGAUUAGUGAGCGUGACAAAUCGUUCACAUCUCAAAACUCUGUCAGUACAGUAAGAACUAGCAUCACUGCUGCUUCGGGUAUGUCAAACGCAGUUCGUGCCGCAGAGGCUUCAAAGGAACGGGAGUCAGGUGCUGCUGCAGCUAAUAAGCUGCUAUCUCAGGAGUACAUUCCAAAGAAAAAAGUGCCUGAGCCUGAAGCCGGUCAGAAUCAGAGGCCCGAACGAUACGUGGACGAUCCGUUUUAUUUGGGCAAGUCAAGCUCAUCUUCCGGCAGCAAGACUGAGACCACCCGUGACUCAGGUGGCCACCGCGAGUCAGCAGCGGAGCGUGCGGAAUCAUUCUCUGCACGCCGGCGGGCAGGCAAGAAAGGUAGCGCACGGUCCAACCGCCGGGCGGGCAAAAAGGAUGAUGGAAACACUGAUUUGCUUGGCAUGGAAUCGAGUACUACAAGGCCGUCUGGUACGUCCAACGACCUCCUUGACACAGGAGAUCUGCUUACUGCUUUGCCUGCUGCAAGUGUUCCUGCCUCGAGCUCAAAUAGCGGUGCGGGCGGCGUGUCUAAUAGCAUGAGUUUGGGCAUGAGCGGGGGUAUUCAGUCAGGGACAUUAACAUACACGAAUCAGAAUACCAUGGGAAUACAGGCUAACGCAGUGGGUCAGCAGCAGAGCUUGGUGCCCUACGGCCAAAAUAUGGGCAACGGAAUGAUGACCCAGCAGCAGCAGCAGUACAAUCCGGGCAUGAUGCAGAUGACCCCUUACGGAGUGCAGCAAGCAUCGGGCUAUGGCCAAAAUAACGUGGGGCUUACCGGUCCUGGGCACAUGCUGCAGAUCCAAGCGUCAGGUUACGAUCAGUUUGCAUCGCAGCAACAGCAAAGUGGGGAUAAGUUUAGCGCCUUUGACGGGUUGUAG